AAAGGAACAUUGGGUGGGCGACUUUCGGCAGUCGUCGGUUUGUUUCUCUCUCUCUCUCUCUCUCUCUCUCUCUCUGGAGUGGCAGCCGACUAUUCAUUCGUCCAUGGUCGGCGCAUUUUCAACACCUAUCGCCAAGGACGACUCAAAACCAAUCACAUCUCCGACAACGACUCUCAUUUAUUCAACACAACUCCUUCGUCUGUGUCAUUUAUAUCCGCGUUGUUGAGAACACUGAAUUUGUCGUGAAUUCCAAAUCGAAGGUUCCAUUUGUUGCAGUCUCGGAAACUUCAGUGCCGUGUUCCUUUCGCCGGAUGAUCAGUAUUGAACUACCGAUUCCAUUCUUGGAAGAUUGGACUUGAAUUUUUCUGGGGCAAACGUGUUGCUGUUUGUUUACUUCUGCUUGGAAAUGACUGCAAGAGGGAUUUCCUCUGUUAUGUUACACCGAACUUCCAGGAGUUUUACCAUGGCUUUGGCAUCAGCCUUUCUUGAGUGGUUACUAAUCUUUAUGUUGUUUAUCAAUGCUAUGUUCUCGUACUUGGUCACAAAAUUUGCCCGUUAUAGCAAGUUGGAAGUUCCUUGCUUGCUAUGCUCUAGACUUGAUCAUGUUUUGGGCAAUGAGAAACUUGGGUUUUAUUGGGAUUUGAUCUGUGGAAAUCAUAAAUUAGAGAUUUCGUCUUUAGUUCUUUGUCACAUGCACAAUAAACUUGUGGAUGUUCAUGGCAUGUGUGAAAGUUGUCUCUUCUCGUUUGCUACAAUAAAUCGAUCCAACAGUGAAACAAACAGAUUAAUGGUGGGAAAACUGGGGGCAGACGCUCAUCUUGGGCUUGACCAGGACCCAUUACUUGAGGAGCACAAGCUUGGUUCCUUGAGCACAAGAAAUUGUUCUUGCUGUAGUGAGCCAUUGGUUUUGAGAAAUCAUGCCAAAAUAUUGCUUCAAACCAAGCCUAUUAGGUCAGAUGUUGCUGAACUUGAUCUUCCAUUAACAGUUGCUCCUGAGCCUAAUUGGGAUGGCCUGGAGAAGAGUAGAGAGGAACUGUCUGGGUCAUUUAGAGCUUACCCGAUGGGAACAAAUAGUUUUGGUCCUUUGUCUCAUGUGGAAUACACGGAAGUCAAAGUUACCUCUGACUCUGAUACCGAAUCAGAGGUCCCGCAUUCUGAUGAUGAUGGUGGUAGUGCUCUAAUUUGUGAAACUGCUGACCUCAGAGGAUUAACCAUUCAAUCUGCAGAGAUGGAGCCUCACAUUGUCACUCUGGCUAAUAAUUUUAACUCAGAGAAAUUGAUGCAUCAAGAUUCUGCACCUGAUGUUUCACUUGUAGAUUCAAAAGUGCAGCAUGAUCUUCUUGUUUCCCAUGGUAACAUAAUUGUGGCAUCUGCUCCUGCAAGUAGACAUGGAUUAGAGGAACUUGACGGGUCGCAGGUUGAACAAAAGGUUGAUGCUUCUGCUGCUACUAAGUUUGCAUCUGUUGAUGAGGUUCCACAAUCAUCCAAUGUCAUGGAUAACUCUGUUGAAGGAUCAACUCCGAGCUUAAUUGCCCCACGAACAGAUGAAGUGAAGCAAAAAUGUGUCACUGAGAGCGGGCAAGUUUUUGAAGAAGGAAAGAAGUCUGAUGCAAGAAGUGAGACAAAUCCAGAAAUAAACUCUAUUAUAAGUAAUAACCACAUGCCUAAUAAUUUGGAUCUCGGUGAUGCUUACAAACUAGCUGUCGGCAAUAAGGGCAGACAGUUGUCCGGAAAGCUAUUAGAGCAGCGAUCUGUAAAGGAUUCUGCAAGAAUUAGUGAAGAUCUGAAGCUCUUGUUGUCACAAAUAUCAGCUGCACGAGGGAUUGAGUUAUCAAUGAAUGACGUGAGUCCGCGAGUGUCUGGAAAUUUUGAUGAACUGAAAACGGAUUCUUCUAGCUCAAUUGGGUUAGAGAUACUUCAAAGAAGGAUUUCCCUUGAGAGAAAUGAAUCUAAUUUGUCUUUAGAUGGAAGUGUUGUGAGUGAAAUAGAAGGCGAAAAUGAGGUGGAUAGGUUAAAACGGCAGGUUGAACAUGACAAGAAAUUAAUGGGUGCUUUGUACAAGGAAUUGGAGGAAGAGAGAAAUGCUUCUGCGGUUGCUGCAAAUCAAGCAAUGGCCAUGAUCACAAGAUUACAGGAGGAGAAGGCGGCACUUAAUAUGGAAGCUUUACAGUGCAUUAGAAUGAUGGAAGAACAAGCUGAAUAUGACGCAGAGGAUCUGCAAAAGGCAAAUGAUUUUCUUACUGAGAAGGAGAAAGAGAUACAAGAUCUAGAGGCUGAACUUGAAUUCCAUAAGAAUAGAUCUGGAGAUAAGUCAAUAUUGGAAAAUGAAUUGGGGCCUACUUAUAAGUUAAGACAAGUGAGUGGAGAGCAUUUAGGUUCAAGUUGUUUUAAAAGUCCUGCUAAUGUUCAGGGCAACUCCAUUGCUGGUACACCUCUUAUCUGCAGGAAACAAAUUAAUGACACAGUUGUGCUUUCUGAAGAUAAAAAUGCAAAUAGUGCAAAGAACUCAGUUUUAGAGUUUGAAGAGGACAGGUUGCAUGCUUUACAGUGCUUGAAGACAUUGGAGAAAAGGAUUCUUCAGUACUCAAACAUUGGGGUUUAUUGGGACAAGGCUGCUAGUGAACAUGCGGGAGUUACAGCAGAUAGGGUUAGUGACUUCAAAUUGUUUAACUGUAAAGAAGGUACAGAGGAAAACAUUAGAAAGGAAGAGCAUGAUUCAGCAUUACAAAAUCUUUCAUCUGUAUCUGCUAUUGAAGACAGUCCUUUUGCUCAAGUAGGAUGUGAUCCUUCAAUUGAGAACCCUGAACUUGUUACCGUGGUGGGUAAUGAAUUUGAUUGCAGUGGGCUAUACCAUCCAGAGAGCUGUAGACCAACAGAUUUCGUUGCUCUUGGAGAUGCUGUUUCCAGUCUGAUUGGCAAGCUGGAAGCAAUUAAGGCAGACCAUGAUUUUCCUGAGCAUUGUUCACAAUCACCUAGGAGAAAUGGUGAAUUUAAUGUUCGUUCACGGGGUAUCUUGUCUCCUGCAAGCACUAUGAAGGACUGUGAAUAGGAAAUAUAUACGUUUUUCCUCAAAGACCUAUGUUGGAAUUGGACCAUCUCAAGGUGUUUUGGAUAGAAAUAUGCAUUUGAUGUACAGACUACGGAGUGCGAAAACCUGGUCAUGUUAUUAGUUGAUAGCCAGAGGAGAGUGCAGAAAGAGCAAAUGUACAGUCUCAUCUCAUCAGCUUGUUUUUGUUUAUCCUAGGACCCACUUUGCAUAGAAGUUGGCAUUUUCAAUUCUGUUCCUUGUUGGAAUUUAUUUCCCUUUUUGCCACAUUGUUUUUUUCCCCAUUGAGUUUGAUUGUGCUCACAUAACUUGUAAAGGUAUAGGAAAAAUGUUGAAUUUUCA